ACCGACAUGAAAAUUUUAGAAGGUAAUUAUUAGAGUUCUAGGAUUUAGAGAAUGUCAAAUUAUUUUUAUUGGGGAGUACAACAAUUCAAGAAAAUCUGGAAGCUGGAGCAUCAAAUAUAAAGUAUUAUAAGAACAAGAAUUUACAGAAAUGUAAUAAUUUCAAACGCAUAUGCUAGAGGUUAUGGAAAUUAUGAUGAAAAUGGAGUUAAGAUUGGAAAGUGGGUCAAAUUACAUAAGUGUUUAAGAGAGUAUAUUGCUUAUUAUAUCAUAGUGAUUGUAAAGUCACUUAUGUAGGAUAAUAUACAAAUGGCUUAAAAGCAGGUAGAUGGGAUACACUUUAUCAUAAGAUGUAUACCGAUGAAAACAAGAUCAUGUAGUUAAAAAUUAUAUUGUAGAGGUGGAGAUGAGAAUGGAUUAAAAAUUGGAAAAUGGGUUGAAUUAAACAAAUAUUUUGAUUCGUAUUUUAUACCUAUGUUUAAGGUGGAGUACAGAGCUUCUGAUUGGAGAAUAUUAAAAUGGUAGAUAAUUAGGAGAAUUUAAGGACGAAUAAUUACAAUGA